GCUCUGUUGUGUGAAUGUGAAUCGGAGGCCAGCCAGCCAGCGGCCGCCUCACAAAGCCAGGCGGGGGAGCCCCUCUCUCAGCUACUAAACACACCACCACACCUCCUCCUCCACCACCACCACACCACCUCCACCACAGCAUCACCACCACCGCCUCGCCUCACUGAGAGAGAAGAAAAAAGGACACACACACAGAGAGAGAGUGAGGAGAGAAAUGCUGAAAGGGAUGUAAGAUGGCAGAGCUACAAAUGCUAUUAGAGGAGGAAAUCCCUGCCGGUAAAAGAGCUCUUGUGGAAAGCUACCAGAACCUGUCGCGGGUGGCGGAAUACUGUGAAAACAACUAUGUUCAGGCUCAAGACAAGAAGAAGGCCCUGGAGGAGACCAAGGCCUACACCACCCAGUCUCUGGCCAGCGUAGCCUACCAGAUCAAUGCCUUAGCUAACAAUGUGCUGCAGCUGCUGGACAUCCAGGCCUCGCAACUACGACGCAUGGAGUCCUCCAUCAACCACAUCUCCCAGACGGUGGAUAUCCAUAAGGAGAAGGUGGCACGUCGAGAGAUCGGCAUCCUGACCACAAAUAAGAACACCGCUCGCACCCACAAGAUCAUCGCCCCGGGCAACAUGGAGCGGCCGGUGCGCUACAUUCGAAAGCCCAUCGACUACACACUGCUGGAUGAUGUGGGACACGGCGUCAAACAACAUGGGAACAAUGCGGCAGGAAGAGGAGGGACGCUUUCCAGGACUACCCCACCCACACAGAAACCCCCAAGCCCCCCCAUGGCUGGUCGUGGUACCUUGGGGCGUAACACUCCAUACAAGACCCUGGAGCCAGUGAAGCCUCCGGUGGUGCCCAACGACUACAUGACGAGCCCGGCCCGACUGGGCAGCCAGCACAGCCCUGCACGCACAGCCUCCCUCAACCAGAGGCCACGGACACACAGUGGCAGCAGUGGUGGAAGUGGCGGCAGGGAGAACAGUGGAGGCAGUGGAGUCAGUAUCCCUCUAGCAGUUCCCACCCCGUCCCCUCCCAGUAUGGGGCAAGUGGCGACAUCCUCUGCCUCGGUGCCCCAGGGCCCCGGCUUGGGUCCCAUACCCAUGUCCCAGUUCGGCACCAUCUCCCGCCAGAUCUCCCGUCACAACUCUUCCACCACCUCCUCGGCCUCCAUGGUGUCGGCCACCGGCACCUACCGCCGCGCCCCCUCCGUCUCCUCCCAGCAGCCCCACAUCAACGGAGGCCCCGCCUACCCACAGAACUCAGUGUCUGUGGCUCCUCCGCCUCCUCCUCCAAUGGUCCAGCUGACCCCACAGAUCCCUCUGACCGGCUUUGUGGCCAGAAUGCAGGAGAGCAUAACAGACAGCCCCGCCCCGCCUCCUCCGCCUCCCCCAGAGGACAUGGGUGUGUUUGAGGAGCCCUCCCCGCCUCCUCCACCCCCACCCGUGGACUACGAGGAAGAGGAUGCCGCGAUGGUUCAUUACAGCGAUCCCUACGCCGACGGAGACCCCCACUGGGCCCCCAAGGUUUAUUUAGAGAAAGUUGUGGCCAUCUACGACUACAGCAAGGACAAGGAGGAUGAGCUGUCCUUCAUGGAAGGAGCCAUCAUCUACAUAAUCAAGAAAAAUGACGACGGCUGGUACGAAGGCGUCUCCGGCGGCGUCACCGGACUCUUCCCAGGAAACUACGUGGAGUCGAUCAUGCACUAUGCUGACUAAAAAAAAAAAACUAAAAAAAAAACCACACCCAAAAUGGCACUGCAGUUUGACCAGAGGUAAAACCGUGAAGAUGUACAGAUGUGUGACUGCAGUUCAUACAGCUCCCAUUUUUGAAUGACGUGCCAUGGUGGAUUUUACAAAUGGUUUUCUUUUUUGGGGGGCUUGUGCUUGCACGGUUUUGUUAUGCUCCAAGAAAAAAAAAAAAAAGUCGCACAAAGAAGGAGGGUGCUGAAGCUUUGGACCGGGGUCUGUUAGUUUACACUGUGGACAAAAGGGAGGAGAUAAAAGGCCUUUUUGCUACCGCCGUUACAUCCGCGGUGGUCGGUAGCACUUUCCAAUCUCUUAACAGUCACAUUUUGCCUCACGAGAAAUUACAGAAUAAUUUCAAAGAAUGCCAAGUAAAUCUAGAUUUAGUGUUGAUGUGCAACCAACAUUUUCCAGUAUUACCAGUAUGCAGUAGAUCCAGACAGUGAAGUAUUUCUAGGAUUUCAUGAAUAGAUGAGGCAGUGUAGCAGGAUAAAAUGCUGCGCAGACGCUCCUACCCCUUUAUUUGCACUGUAGACCAGCAGACUGACCCCUUCCCUCCUUUCAAAAAACAUCCAUCAUACCUUAUUAAAAAAAAAAAACUGAGAAGGACAAACAGACAUCAACAAGUGCAUUAGGACACGAGUGAAUGUUCGAUGCCGUCGAUGUCCAAAUCACACAACAUGUUAAAGAGGGACCUGGAGUUGUGUAUUAACUAUGCUCCGUGUCGGUGGGGAUGAUGCUGUUAAAAAGGAUGAACCGAGUGUAUAGAAUGCAUUACAAAAAAAACAAACAGUUUCUUCUUUCUGUUCUCUAACUUGUAUAUAAACCGUAACGUGAGAAGCUGCCAGUAACAGUACAUUUGUCAGUUAGUGUGUUUCAAACCUGUGCGUUUCCAUCAGCGUCGGUGGAGGUGAUGCCAAGAUUGGAUGUCGUUUUUCAAUUUUGAUUAUUUUUUUACUUGAACAUUAAUUUUAUUCAUCACUCACAGUGCCAUUUUUAACUCUUUAUCGGCCAUGUAGAAACAUUUUAUUUUUCUAUGUUCAGUCACCACUAUAUCAUUUUGAUCACUAUAUUCGGUGAUGCUGUCCAGCUACUGUAGCAGAGAUUGCUUCAAAAAAUGUGAAGCAAGAGGAAGGACUAACCUGUAUGUUUCCAUGUUGUUUUCCAUUGUGUUGGAAUAGCUGCACUGAUUAGUUGUCGACGACUGUGAUGACUUGAUGAUUUCCGUCAAUGUUUUAGAUUUUUAUUUUUUUUUUUUUUGCUCUCCAGAAGUAUCAACUAACCUUUACAACUUGUCGUCCGUUCUUUUAGUGGUUUGCUGGUAUGGUGCUUUACAUCGGUG